AUGCCUGAGUCUAUCGGUACUAGACUUUUCCGUGGUACUCGGGCUAUUUUCAAGUACCGGAAGGAGCGCGGUAUUCUAGUAAACAACAUCCGUUCCUAUAUCGCCACUUUACGCCAGAUGCCCGAGGGCAACUACCUCAUUGAGGUCGCCCUCAACAUCCAGUCCCUGAAGGUUCAGGCUGACAAGGUGAAGUGGGCUUCCCAAGCCCUCGCUGUUGAUGCCGCGGACAUGAAAUAUGUCACCUCCCAGGGAAUCGCCCACUUCACCUGCACCAUUCCCCAGAUCUGUGACAUGGUCGGCCGUGAUACCCUCCAGAUGGCCAAGAUCCUCCAUGACCACAUCCACCGUCCCAUUAUCAACACCGAGCACGAGAUCGCACUCCAUCUGGAACAUGCACUGGCUAACCUGGGCUACAUCUAG